CAUGAAUAUUAAGUUCAAUUUUGAUAUUAAUUUAAAUUCAAAUAGCUUAAGAACGUAGCUAAUUACGAAACAUUUGAAAAAUUUUUGAAAUAAGAAUUAUUAAUAUGAUUCUUUUAUACCGCCAAGUAUCAUAUGCACCCUCUAGUGAUGCUUUUUAGACUUAAGUAAAAAACGUAAGGAGGAACUUGCAUUGAUUCGAAUUAUAUCAAAGCGAUAAGUGAUAUUUUACUUUGAAUUUUAUAUUAAAUACUUUGAUUUUUUUUUUAAAUAUAAUGGCAAGUUCAACUGAUCCAGAGCCAAAAUUAACUGGCUUUGCAAAAUAUUAUAAUAGUAGUACUACACAAGGUCGAGCAAAUGUAGCUUUAACAACUAUUGGUGGAUUAGUUGCUUUAGGUUUAUAUUUGUACUUUAAACCAAAAAAAAGUAAGCAAGUAUCUGAAAAGUGAUUUCAAUAUUAAAUGAUAUAGACAUAUUAUGUAAUAAUAAUUUUUGUGUUAUAUUACUUUUAUUAGGAAUAAAAAAUUAUUCAUUAUUCAUAGAUUAA